UCAAAAAACUUUAAUCAAUGGCAGCUUGUCUGUCAAGUGUCAAAUUGUAUUCUGCCUUCCAUUUCCAUUCCGAACUUAAAUUUUAGGAUUGCACUUCAAUUGUUUUGAUUAAACUAGCAAAAUGGCAAGUGCAGUCGGCAAAAUACCAGCUCUAGUUAGCACGGCAAUCACCCUCGCCCGGCCCAAAUUCAACAUCUUCAUGAAGUAUGCUCGCGUAGAGCUGGCGCCUCCCAAGCUAAGCGAGAUCCCACAGAUCAAGGCUGGCAUUGGCAAGCUGUUGACUAGCGCCAAGACCGGCGCAUGGAAGAACCAGACCGUCAAGCAAGCGACCCUGAACGCCCUCGUUGGUGCUGAAGUCAUUUUCUGGUUCUACAUUGGAGAGUGCAUCGGCAAACGCCACAUUGUCGGCUAUGAUGUUUAAGUUCUUGUUGUAAGCGCUAACUCUGUAGAUAUUAUGUUCAGCAAAUAAAUUAUUAAAAUCAA